AUGUUCGAGCAGCCCAUCGUAGCGUUCUCGCGCUCAGAGGGCGACGAGCUCUUCAAUCUGGUCGGUGCAACCAUCGUGGUUGACGAAUCAGACCCCAUCGGCAUUCACAUUGCGGCACAGAAUCUUGCCAACGACUUUGGCCGCGUCACAAAGUCUGACCCGAAGCCUUUGCUCGUGUCCAAGGAACACGAAGUCGAUGCUGACACUGGCGCGGACGUGGGCAUUCUCAUUGGAUGCAUCGAGUCGAGUCGUCUGCUCCAACGGUUGGAGAAGGAUGGAAAGCUCGACUUCGGCCAAAUUCGCGGAAAGUGGGAGUCAUUCCUGACAGCCCCUGUCACCGACCCCUUUCCGGGAUGCAGAAAGGCGCUUGUGAUUGCAGGGAGCGACAAGCGCGGAGCGAUAUUUGGUUCUUACACGUUGUCUGAGCAGAUCGGGGUGUCACCCUGGUACUUCUGGGCAGAUGUGCCUCCCAAACACCACGAGGAGAUAUACGCCCUCCCUGAGCCUACGCACAAUGGAGAGCCCAGCGUGCGGUUUCGUGGCAUUUUCAUCAACGAUGAAGCUCCCGCCCUCACAGGAUGGGCUAGAGACAACUUUGGAGGCUACAACUCGGAGUUCUACAAAAAUGUGUUUGAGUUACUGCUAAGACUGAAGGCGAACUUCAUGUGGCCCGCAAUGUGGCCCGGGUACCCCAAUCCUGGUGCAAGCUUCUUCACGGAUGACUCCGAAAAUGCCAAAGUUGCGAAUGACUAUGGCAUCGCCGUCUCAACCUCGCAUCAUGAGCCCAUGCAGCGGGCCACGAACGAGUGGUUUGCGGAUAACCCAGACGGAAGCUGGAACUGGCUGACAAACAAGAAGAAGAUUACCGAGUUCUUCGAGGAAGGAGUUAAGAGAGCGAAGGGCAUCGAGUCUUACUUUACGAUUGGAAUGCGUGGAGAGUAUGACAAAGGGAUGAAGACGGAUGACCCAGCGGCUGUGGUCCGCGACGUGAUUAAGACUCAGAGAGCCGUCAUCAAGGAGGUCCAUGGCAGGGAGGAUGCGGUUCCCCAGCUUCUGGCCUUGUACAAGGAGGUACAAGACCAGUAUGAGAGUGGAACGAUUGAUGUACCUGAUGAUGUGACUCUUCUAUUUGCGGACGACAACUUUGGAAGCAUAAGACGUCUCCCGACGAAGAAAGAAAUGAGUAGAACGGGAGGCGCAGGUAUAUACUACCACUUCGAAUACGUAGGGACUCCACGCAGCUACAAGUGGAUCAACAGCAACUCCUUGGAGGCGCAUCGGCGCAACGCAAAGCAGAUUUGGGUCUUCAACGUGGGCGACAUUAAACCUAUGGAAGUCCCACUCACCUUUGCAAUGGCGCUGGCUUGGGACAUCAAAUCCAUCGAAGCAGAAAAUUUCGUCAAAUUCUACACGUCCAUGGCUGAAUCCAACUUUGGUUCAGGCCUGGCAACGGAGAUCGCAGACAUAUGGCAUCGGUACGACAGACUAGCCGCACUGCGAAGGCAUGAACACAUUGAGCCGACUACAUUCUCCAUGAUGCACUAUGGCGAGGCAGAAAGUGUCGUUAACCGAUGGGACUCGCUCCUCGACUCGGCCCAAGCAAUCCACGACCGCGCACCGGAAUACCAGAAGGCGGCAAUAUUCGAGACAGUCCUGCAUCCUGUCAAAGCAUCCCAAAUCUUCACCAAACUCCAGGUCACUCUAGGAAGAAACCAGCUGUAUGCUCGCCAAAGACGCAACACUGCAAACAAACUAGCUCGUGAGGUCCUCGACCUCUUUGACGAUGACUACACUCUCAGUGAAGAGUUCCAUUCAUUGCUUGGCGGAAAGUGGAACCACAUCAUGAGCCAGACGCAUUACGGCUUCGGCGAUACCUGGCACGCGCCGUCGCGUGAUAUGAUCAGUGGCCUGUGUUAUGUCCAGCGUCGGCAGAACUCCAACCCAAUCGUCGGCCAAAUGGGAGUUGCCGUCGAAGGCCAUGCGGGCCCGACGAGACCUGGUGCCCGGAGUCACUUUAGGUCCCAUGAGCCGAUAUGGGCCAUCAAAGAGGUGGUUUGA